UCCGUCUUCUGCUCAUUGACGACAGAGGAAAGGCAACUUUGAACACAUGGUUCCUCCUUCACUUCUCACAGAGAUGAGAGGAGCAGCUAUGAGUUUAACUGCAGCAGCGAGUGGAUUAGUUGUCUUCCUGCUCUCUGUGUCAGUGGUUCAGGGUCAGAAUGGCUGGGGAGUGACUUACUCUUCUACUAAGAUCUGUGCAGUGAAAGGAUCAACAGUGGAGAUAAGAUGCAGCUACACAUACCCAUAUACAUGGAAUGGUGGUGUUAACACAGUGGAGAAAACAUUCUGGUUCACUAAAAAGAAAGGUGGUAAACGUGUAGAUCUGAAAACAGUCUCAAAGUAUGCAGGUCGUGUAGAGGAUCUCUGUGAAAACAACAUCUGCACUCUGAGAAUCAGAAACCUGAGAAAGAGCGACUCAGCUGAGUACAUGUUCAAGUUUGAAACAAACCAAGCAGGAGGAAAAUAUGGUGGUUGGACUGGCGUCACUUUGUCCGUCUCAAAUCCAGAUCUCCAGGUCACAUCAGAUACAAACUGGCUGUAUUGUCAGAUCAGUUGUCCUCAAUCUUCUAAUCCUUCCUACAUCUGGUACAAGAACGGACAAAUAAUCCAGGGAGAAACAUCUCGUUAUACAAGCAACCCGAACAAGGCAGACAGUUAUUCCUGUGCUUUGAAGGGAUAUGAGGACUUUCCCUCUCCUGCAGUGUGUGUCACUGGUCAAACCUGCAACAGAGUGAUUUACACUGAGAGAAGCAUCUGCGCCCCCAAAGGAUCAUCAGUGAACAUUUCCUGCAUGUACAGCAGCUUUGAAGACGAUGUUAAAUCUAAGUUCUGGUUCAUUCCUGAGCGUCGUCAUCAGGGACAGAAUCCCUCUCAGCCUGAGGACCUUAGUGAAGACCCCCAGUAUGCAGGUCGUGUUCAGAUCCUUGAAACAGAGAGAGGACGCUCCACUCUGAGGAUCUCUGACCUGAGAGACUCAGAUUCAGCUCAGUAUCUCUUCACAUUCAAAACAUCAAGCUUUGAAUGGAGGAGUGAUUUACCUGGUACAACUCUGACUGUCACAGCUCUCCAGGUGCAGGUGAUCAGAGCAAAGGUCUACAACUAUUCUACUGAGGCAGAGCUGAAGUGUCACAGCAGCUGCAGUCCAGCUGGUUCUCUGAACUACGUCUGGUUCAAGAACAGAGAGAAAAUCACGACGACGAUGAAAUCUUCUUAUAAAGGCUUGUUUCAGCCCAGAGACAACAUCUCUUGUGCUUUUGAAGGACAUGAAGACCUCCCCUCUCCUCCAGUGUCUAGCUACACCUGGUACAAGGAGGAUGAAGACUCUCCAAAUGCUUCAGGACAGAUCUUCAACAUCACUGACUUCAGAGCUGAACAAAGUGGGAGUUAUUCCUGUGGAGCCCAGAACAAGUUAGGACGUAGUAACUCCACCUUACAUCAGAUUGUUGUGGCAGGAGGAUCAUGGAAGCUACUACCAGCUGCUGUAUCAAUCCCUGUUGUUCUCCUGGCUGUCAUUUCUCUCUCUGUCUUCCUGUGGAUCAGAAGAAAGAGGGCUUCCAGAGACUCGUCUGAGCCCGAAGAGAGAGCGGACAACAGGGAAGAGUGUGUACCUGAUCAGCCGGAGCAGCAGGAGGACCUUCAGUAUGCCAGCGUUCACUUCUCCAACAACCGGGCAGAUCCUCUUUAUUUCAACAUGAGAGCAGCUCGGCCCCUCAGACACAUGGAGCAACAGGAGGUCCCGGAGUACGCUGCCGUCAAGUUCAGCAGUGCUGCCCCGAGGUGA